AUGGUUUGUACUUCAUACUGGUGGCUGUCUUGCCUGGCAAUUCUACUGCUAAUUACUACAGUUAAAAGUUCAGAACAACCUCAUUUAAGCAAUGAAAAUGGGGUGAAAACUGCGGUUUUUCUAUCCCCUAAAUUUGUGCUAGAACCUGGAUCUGUUUCCGACAAAGAAUACUACGAUAUUGAUUUUCCUCGAGGCCAUAUUGCACUCAAGAGUUUCAAUGCAGAAGUAAUUGAUGAGGCAGGGAAUCCGGUCCCCCUUUAUGAAACUUAUCUCCACCAUUGGGUUGUUCUAAGGUACCAUCAACGAAAAGGAGUCAAUAUUCGAAAGUACCACGGAAAAAGGGGGUUCGACCAAUCAGAUUAUGUUAUUGUAAGGAAUAAUGGUGUGUGUGAUCGUGGUCUAUCUCACUACUUUGGAAUAGGAUCUGAGACACGAAAAACGGCCACACAUGUGCCCGACCCUUACGGAAUUGAGAUUGGAAAUCAAGCCGAGAUCCCAGAUGGAUACGAGGAGAAAUGGAUGGUUAAUGUGCAUGUAAUUGAUACUAGGGGUGUUCGAGAUAGGUUGGGGUGCACCGAGUGCAGGUGUGAUUUGUAUAAUAUCACAGUUGACAAGCAUGGUCGUGUUUUGCCACCUGAUUAUUACGGUGGCUUAGAAUGUUGUUAUGACGAGACAAAAUGCACGGUUAAAGAAGGAUUUCAGGGUGUGAAAAGAAGCCUAUACUUGAGGUAUACAGUGAAGUACAUUGAUUGGGAUGCCUCCAUUGUGCCUGUUAAAAUCUAUGUUCUCGAUGUUACUGAUGUUUGGACAAGGCCAGAUGAAUCCAGAGGAGUAAGAUCUCGACAUUAUUGCCAGGUUGAGUAUGAUGUUGAGUCUUGUGAUAUUGGUAUGGCUAAUGAUGGUUGCAUUCAUACUAAAAGAGUAAAUGUUAGUUUGCCAACCAGUGGAGAUGUCAUCUAUGGUGUUGCACACCAGCAUGCAGGAGGGAUUGGUUCAACUCUUUAUGGGGAGGAUGGAAGGGUGAUAUGCUCAUCAAACCCAGUUUAUGGCGAAGGAAAUGAAGCAGGAAACGAGGCUGGUUAUAUUGUGGGAAUGUCCACUUGUUACCCUUCACCUGGCUCUGUCAAAAUAUCUGAUGGAGAGUUAUUAACUCUUGUGUCUAACUAUAGCAGAGCACAGGGACAUACUGGAGUCAUGGGGCUAUUUUACCUCUUGGUUGCAGAUUCAUCGACAAAACCAGACACUGCAUUGCAUUCUUCGACUCAAGUGCACGAGGAGACGAAGAUAUUCAUUCCUGGUUUGGGUGUUAUCGUGUUUGGAGUUAUAUUCAUUCUCGUUCUUAUUUUCGCAUUCGGAAUUAAGAGCAAAAAAGAGGAAGGAAAAAGAAGUCCAAAUCAACGCCAAGGCUCAUUUCCUCGGAUCUUAUUGGGAGAAGGGCAUGUGAAUGUUCCAGCAAUGGCGUCCGCAGGCACAGAACAGGAGAAAAAGGCCCGGUCCGGAGGCUGCAACCCGGUGAAAAAACCGGGUCCAGUAUCGCUAGACCAUGUUUUAUCGGCAUUGAGAGAGACGAAAGAAGAGAGAGAUUCGAGAAUUAGAAGUUUGUUUAGUUUUUUCGACUCGAAUAAUGUGGGCUACUUGGAUUCUGCCCAAAUUGAAAAGGGUCUUUCAGCGCUGCAAAUUCCGGAGGAUUAUAAGUAUGCUAAGGAGUUACUGAAUGUUUGUGAUGAAAAUCAGGAUGGGAGGGUGGAUUAUCAGGAAUUCAGGAAAUAUAUGGAUGAUAAGGAGCUGGAAUUGUACAGAAUUUUCCAGGCUAUUGAUGUUGAGCACAAUGGUUGCAUCUUGCCAGAGGAGUUAUGGGAUGCUCUUGUCAAAGCUGGGAUAGAAAUGGAUGACGAUGAACUUGCUCAUUUUGUUGAGCAUGUUGAUAAAGACAAUAAUGGAAUUAUAACUUUUGAAGAAUGGAGAGAUUUUCUUCUGCUUUAUCCACACGAUGCUACUAUAGAAAACAUAUAUCGCUAUUUGCAUAGGAUAUAUCUUGUAGAUAUUGGCGAUCAAGCUGUGAUUCCUGAAGGCAUCAGCAAGCAUGUUCAUGCAACCAAAUAUUUGAUUGCAGGUGGAGUUGCAGGAGCUGCUUCUCGUACUGCAACUGCACCUCUUGAUCGCCUAAAGGUGGUGUUACAAGUACAAACUGAUCGUGCUGCUAUUAUUCCUGCAGUAAAAAAAUUAUGGAAGGAAGGUGGCUUUUGGGGGUUUUUUCGGGGUAACGGGUUAAAUGUGUUGAAAGUUGCACCAGAAAGUGCUAUUAAGUUUUACACUUACGAAACAUUGAAAACUAUAAUUGGAGAUGCUAAAGGUGAAAAGCAGGAGGAUAUAGGAACUGUGGGGCGACUUCUUGCUGGUGGAUUGGCUGGGGCUGUGGCACAAACUUCUAUUUAUCCAAUGGAUCUUGUGAAAACUCGAUUACAAACUUAUGCUUGUGAAAGAGGAAAUGUGCCCAGUCUGAGGAAAUUAUCUAAAGAUAUUUGGGUUCAGGAGGGACCUCGAGCAUUUUACAGAGGGUUGGUGCCAUCUCUUCUUGGAAUGAUUCCUUAUGCAGGCAUUGACUUAGCUGCCUAUGAGACCUUGAAAGAUAUGUCCAAGAAAUAUAUUCUUCACGAGGGUGACCCUGGUCCUCUUGUGCAACUCGGUUGUGGAACAAUUUCAGGAGCACUUGGGGCAACGUGUGUUUACCCUCUGCAGGUGAUAAGAACGAGAAUGCAAGCUCAGCGCAUGAAUACAGAUGCUGCUUACCAGGGAAUGUCGGAUGUAUUCUAUAGAACAUUUCAGCGUGAAGGUUUAAGGGGAUUCUAUAAAGGACUAUUCCCAAAUCUUCUUAAAGUUGUACCAGCAGCAAGCAUUACGUAUCUGGUUUACGAAUCCAUGAAAAAGAGUCUAGAACUUGAAUAG